GUCAGUGGUGUUGCCGUUGGAGGAGGAGUGGAUGGAGGCAGUCAGGAGUUUCCAGUGGAUGUCAGAGUUCCCCAGUAUGGAGCCAGUGUCUGAGUGUUUCAUGUUUCUUACACUUUCUCCUUCACCGUGAGGAGGAGGAGGAGGAGGAGGCGCUUCUCCCGUGGUCACCGCAGCACAGCCGCUUCCACGAUGGUGAAGCUGAAAACUUGACUGAGGAAACUUUCUGAACUCGGAGCUGGAAGUCUUCUGUCCCCGAACUCCACACAAGAACAGACACAAACAAACAAUGGCUGACCCCACUUCAGCGUCGGUGUGGGCUUUAACUUUCAGCUUUUACUUCGGCGUGUGCACCUGUUAUCUGUCCAUACCGCUGAAGAUUUACCCGGGGAGGAUCGACGUCUCCCCGGCUGUGGAUGUGACCGCUGUCCGGCGGGUGGCGUUGACAGCCGCCGAUGGGACCGGCCUGUCUCUGGCCUCUGAUCCCACCGGGACUGUCAACUUUCUGGACAUGGCUCAGAACCUGCAGGGGGACUCUGGAAGAGGUUACUACAUCGAGAUGUCCAUUGGCACGCCCGGUCAGACGCUCAACAUCCUGGUGGAUACAGGCAGCAGUAACUUUGCCGUGGCUGCGGCUCCACACCCGUUCAUUACUCACUACUUCAACACUGCACUCUCCAGUACCUAUGAGUCAGUCGGUCGGAUGGUUGCCGUCAGGUACACCCAGGGUAACUGGGAAGGUGAACUGGGCAUUGACCGGGUCUCCAUCCCCAAAGGGCCAAACGGGACCAUCAUCAUCAACAUUGCCGCCAUCCUGUCAUCUGAGGGCUUCUUUCUUCCUGGGGUCAACUGGCAGGGCAUCUUGGGGCUGGCCUAUCCCAUGCUGGCACGGCCCGACUCAUCCGUGGAGCCCUUCUUCAACUCUGUGGUGCAGCAGCUGGGCAUCCCUGACAUCUUCUCCCUCCAGAUGUGCGGUGGUGGCCUGUCAGCCAGCAGCGCGGAGGACCCACCGGGCGGCAGUCUGAUCCUGGGAGGAGCUGAGCCCACUCUGUACCGAGGAUCGGUGUGGUACACCCCCAUCAUAGAGGAGUGGUACUACCAGGUGGAGGUGUUGAAGCUGGAGGUUGGUGAUCAGAACCUGGACCUGGACUGCAGAGAGUAUAACAUGGAUAAAGCUAUAGUUGACAGCGGGACGACGCUGCUGCGACUUCCUGUCAACGUCUUCAAUGCGGUGGUGGAAGCCAUCAUACACAGCUCGCUGAUCCAGGAUUUUUCUUCAGGGUUCUGGGAGGGCACCAAGCUUGCAUGCUGGUUGAAGGGGGAGACCCCCUGGAGAUUCUUCCCCAAGCUGUCCAUCUAUCUGAGAGCCACAAACACCAGCCAGACGUUCCGUAUCACCAUUCUGCCUCAGCUUUACAUCCAACCUGUCACCGAUUUGGACGGCACACUGGACUGCUUCCGGUUCGGAGUGUCAUCUUCAACUAACGGCCUCGUGAUCGGCGCCACUGUUAUGGAAGGCUUCUUCGUGGUGUUCGACCGCGCCCAGCGGAGACUGGGCUUUGCUCUCAGCAACUGUGCAGUGAGCGGCGGCGUGGCCCUGUCGGAGAUCGCCGGGCCCUUCUCAGCAGCCGAUGUGGCGGCCAACUGCUCCAGCGGCUCGCUGAAGGAACCCCUCCUCUGGGUCAUCUCCUACGCCCUGAUGGCGGUGUGCGCCUUGGUCCUCAUCAUCCUGCUGCUGCUGCUCGUGCUGCCCUGUCGAUGCAGGGACCGCUCCGGGGAGAUCACGGACGAGUCGUCGCUGGUCCGCCACCGCAUCAAGUGA